CCGAUCCUCAGACUUGCAAAAACAGUUCUCGUUAUUUUAAGCUCGUGACCGCGUCCACAUCGACAAUCAGCCAUCAACAUCAUCAGAUCACGUACGUAAUCGCCUGACAGCCCCUCGGGCCACUGUGACUGACCAUCCUCGAUGUCUGCGUUUUCCUUGGACGAAGAGGUCCGACUAUACACGAACAACGCCGACCGGGAGAAAUACAACUCGUUGGCUACCCUGUUUGGAAUCAUCAUCGCAUUGGACUUUCUGGAGCGAGCGUAUGUUCGCGAUUCCGUCACCGCAACAGAGUGUGUCCCUUCUCGAGCUGCUUUGUUCGAUCUAAGAUCAUCUCAAAACUCGUCGAA